UCAGAAAGAAGAACCAAAUAUGAGAUUGUUUCUUAGUUUUGUAGCAAUUAUAUACAUACUGCCAGCAAUGUCUUAGCUGAUCAGAUUUUCCCGUCUCAAGUGGACGACACACUUGGCCGGAGCGCCCGUGAACCAAAAUACAAUAUUGAAAUCCAUUCUGAAGGCUUCCCUACCAUCCCGAUGAUGAUGAUCAGGAGUCCGUUGCUAUGCCGAAUAAAGAUGGAAAGGAUUUUUUAUGUUUCUUGCCUAUGGUGGAGAAAGCGAAGACCCUAAAGUCUGUUAAUCUGCAGAACACUAGUAGCAUGAUUGUGGAGUCCGAAAAACGGGUUAAACUAAAGUCGCCUGAUGAACUGCUGGAAGUACUGAAAGAUCGAUGCUUUAUCAGACAAGAAGGUUGGUGGUCUUAUGAAUUUUGCUAUCAAAAGCAAUUGCAACAAGUACAUGUGGAAGAUGAUAAGGUGGUUCAGGAAUUUGUCUUGGGUGUAUAUGAUAAAGAGGCCAGUGCUUCUUUCAACCAGAAUCUCUCCGACGUCUCCACAUUAAAAGAUCCUCGUUCGAACGAUCUGUCACAAAGGUAUCAUGCUCAUCAAUAUACGAAUGGAAUCCUAUGCGAUCUUACUAAUCUCUUGCUUGAGACAUGUGACGUACAAUUAUUAAUUUUCUUUUUUCACAAUAUAAUUUUUCUGGCUUACAUUAGUACACCGGAAGAAUAG